AUGCCAACAAAUGAAACAUUUCACGGUUUUGUGGAAACCACCACAGACACCCUGCUAAUCUUUGAAGCAUGUCGUCGAGGCAUCUUUCCAAAAAUCAAUCGUCGUUUACAAGAAAGAGAACGAGGUGCAGUGCAGUCGGGCACUGUGUUUGUCUUUGACGAACGAGAAUCAGGCAUAAAACGUUGGACAGACGGGUUUGUUUGGAGCCCCUCCCGCAUCCUCGGCAACUUUCUGAUUUAUCGUGAACUUGACGGACGCGAUUCGACGACCGAUAAGCGACACGACAGAAUGGACUUAGGAGCAGAUGGCACGAGCACCACCGCCUCGGCGGUUGAUCGGAACCGCGAGCGUGCAUUGGUUGGAUCGCUAACAACGUCGUACAACUUUAAAAAAGGAGGACUAAUUAAGAAGACGAUGAGCAUUGUCGUAAACGGGUCACCACAGCACCUUAUCAGCUACUAUACUAAAGAAGAUGUAUUGAACAACCGACUACAAACGCCUUCUUCGAUUCCAGAACUUGCUUCACUUGAAAUAUCACCAGACUUGCUCUUGCGCCAAAGCUUCCGUAUCCCUCCUAUGGCCGAACAUACAGACAUGUUUGAUAAGAUGGAAUUUUCGCCACGGUCACUUGCCUUGUCUCCUUACCCCAUGCCUAGUAUGUGUUUUUCUGAAACCUUUUUCCUUCUAAUUAUAUCCUUUUUUAUGCAUUUCCAACAGCCGCAUUACCGAGUGUCACUUGCUACGACACUAGUGAUAUCUAACCGAUAA